AUAUCCUUGAAUACUGUUUCUACGAUUCAUGGGCAGUCCUAUUGAGUAUAAUUAAGAUGCAGAAAUUGGUUUCAUAUCGAUUAGAUGCGAUGAUUUAUAAUUGUGAAUAUGCACAGCCAUUCCGUGGUGGUAAAACAAGCAUGUUGAACUGCCUUAUAGCUAAGGAGUAUAACAAGGAACAUAAUGACAGACCGGUAUCAUACGGUAUCAAAGAUAAGAAGAAAUUUCAAGGGGCGGAGGUAAUCGACCCAAAGACCGGGUACUACAUGGAUCCUAUCUAUGUACUUGAUUUUGCAAGUUUGUACCCAUCGAUAAUGCCUCCGGUCGGAAUUAAUACUCCUAAAUCUGGUCAUAAUUAA